AUCAGGGGUGUCGGUGUGAAAAUGGCAAACUUUCAGCUUUCUGUGCUGUUUGCUUUAGGAUUCGUCACACUGAUAAAUGGAGAGUGUGUGGUGGACUUUCAAGAUGGCACAGUUUCUAAUACUGGUUCAUGCGCUUCAUUCUCAAAUUUAACACUCAACAACAUCCUCACCUGUUCAGGGAUAGGCCCACUUUCAGACGUAUCGCAGGGGAAUCUCAAAAAUCUCAAAGCAUUUGCUGACUCUACCUUUGAUUUGUACACAUUGCUGAGAUCUAGACUUGACGUUAGUCUUGUGGUGAGCUCCAUCAAUAAUGCCAGGUCCAAUGAGACAAUAGUGGGAGCACUGAGUGAUGUGGGGUUUGCAAGGCUCUGGUUCCAAGUGAAGCUCAGUCCAUACCUGUCAUCUCUGUCCAGAGAGACUCUGUCCUGCCUGAGUCAAAGCAGCCUAACCUGCCAGAGCUUCCAUGCACUGGUACAGGAUCUAAGCUUGCAAAUCGGUACUGAAAGACAAAGGAUGGUGUAUCAGAACUUCAUAAAACCUUUUCUGGCAAGAAAUACAUCUGACGCUGGAUGUGUGAAAAGUGCAAACGGCACCAGUGAAUGGUUUAUGCAGAACUUCCAAACAUUCUCUGCUAGCGCAAGCCUGGCAGAUUUCACAGCUCUGAAAACGGACUUUAAUGGGCUGGAUGUCCUAGAUAAACUCAGUCCAGAGCAGAAAGCUGAGCUGAUCUUUCAGUUGAUGGCAACUGCUAGUCUAAAUAUUGAUGCCAUCAAUAAGAUCUUCCAGAGUUUCCUACAGCCGCUCACGAACAUAACACUUAACAUUACCAGUGCCACUUCAGUUGGAUUGAUCAAGAACCUCACAGACUUCCAGGUAUAUUUGAGACCACUGGGAAGAUUCAUCAGAUCAUGUGUGACCAUUGCUCAGAAAACAGAUAUAAACAGUAUCAGAAAUGCAACAAAUCUUCUGGUGAACUGGACCCUGAGCUUUGACACCAACCAAACCCCAAUAAGUACUUUUAACAUCAGCAACGUCAGUGAAUGGUUCCAGAUUGUGGUUAUUCCUGUGAUGAAGAAAUAUCUGCAAACUAACCAGACUUUACCUAACGAUCUCGCAACAAUAUCCAACUUUGUUUUUGCUCCAGAACCUCAAACUGCAGAUCCUAUCGACAUUUGUAAAGUCACCAGCAAUAAUAGUUCCUGUCUUAUAUCGCAGACUGGAGAGAGUCUGGCGAAAGCGAUUAAUUGUGUUGCUCAAUCAAAUUUGAACUUCACUGAGGAAAACCUGCGACUUCUGAUCACUGAACUCUCCAGCCCACUGCAGACACAGAUGGAGCAAUCCGUAAAAAACUCAUCUCAGAGCAACCUCACAGCCUUGUUUGCAGAACUUCCAGCUGAAAGCUUCACAUCUGGAAAUCUUGUUGAUGUGGAGUUCAUGAGAUUCUGGUUCCAAAUCAAGAUGAAGCCUCUGCUGCCCAAAAUGUCAAGAGAAUUCCUGUCUUGCCUCGCCACCCGUAGCUUCAGCUGUCAGGCCUACAAUGCGCUUUUGGUGGAGCUAAAUAAUAAUUCUGGACUGAUGAACAAUGCAACACAGAGAUGGGUCCUCAGCGACUUCAUUGUUCCUUUCCUGUCACAACGUCAAAACACAAGUGUCGAUUGCACGUUGCCAUUUAACAACAGUUUGGACUUCAUCCUGCAAAACUUUGGCAGUUUCUUUCAGUUUGCACAGCUUCAAGUUAUUUCAAAAUUGAGCCGCAAUUUUUCAGCUGUGGAAGUGCUUCCUGUUCUCACACCGGUGCAACUGGAUGAACUGGUGUUUAGUCCUCCUCCUGCUUCACCAGCAGACCGAACGAACAUCCUCACAAGAGUCUUUGCCUUCCUUCUUCAAGCCCCUAACAGAGACAAACUAAACAACUUCAUCCCCUCUCUUCAGGCUCAGGCCAGAAAGGCAAACUUCAGUUGUGAAAACUACAAAAUCUUCUUUGACCAGAUGGAUCAGACAUUAUCAUCAGUCCCUUCUAACCAGUCUGAAGCCCUGCUGACGAUCAGAGACUCAGUGAUGAUGAUUCCUCCCGAUGAGUGCAUUGAGAGAGCGAGUCAAUGCACAACAACUCCUGUAAAUGAGUCUUCCCUCUGUGCAAGUGUCAACAGCUCUGCUUUGGAUCAGUUCUUGAAAGUAGCGGCUCCAAAUGCAACAGGCCCACUGAAUCUUUGCAACUUCACUGUGUUGCAGUUUGCCUGUCUACCAACGUUGUCACAGUUGAACUCUCAACAAGUGGCCGACGUGUUGGCUUGCAAACAGCCCAGCAAUGUGGGAAAAGAGACCUGGAAGCUUUUCUUCACCAAAACCAGCACAAACCUUGAUGAUGCACUGCUAAAAUUUUCCAACAUGACUCCGAGUCCCAGCAAUGUGUCUUUGUCUGAUGUUCUGGAUGUGCUUGUUGAAGUCCGGGUCGAUCGCUUUAGUCCUCAGAGACUGAGAGAUCCUGUCUUCAUUCGCUCAUGGUUUCAGGGGCGACUAAAGCCCUUCUUACCAUCAGUAUCUCAAAGAGUCCUGUCCUGUCUCAGCAACAAAAACCUCACCUGUGAAAGUUACCGCACAAUUUUGGUGGAGCUAAAUAAUAAUUCUGGACUGAUGAACAAUGCAACACAGAGAUGGGUCCUCAGCGACUUCAUUGUUCCUUUCCUGUCACAACGUCAAAACACAAGUGUCGAUUGCACGUUGCCAUUUAACAACAGUUUGGACUUCAUCCUGCAAAACUUUGGCAGUUUCUUUCAGUUUGCACAGCUUCAAGUUAUUUCAAAAUUGAGCCGCAAUUUUUCAGCUGUGGAAGUGCUUCCUGUUCUCACACCGGUGCAACUGGAUGAACUGGUGUUUAGUCCUCCUCCUGCUUCACCAGCAGACCGAACGAACAUCCUCACAAGAGUCUUUGCCUUCCUUCUUCAAGCCCCUAAUAGAGACAAACUAAACAACUUCAUCCCCUCUCUUCAGGCUCAGGCCAGAAAGGCAAACUUCAGUUGUGAAAACUACAAAAUCUUCUUUGACCAGAUGGAUCAAACAUUAUCAUCAGUCCCUUCUAACCAGUCUGAAGCCCUGCUGACGAUCAGAGACUCAGUGAUGAUGAUUCCUCCCGAUGAGUGCAUUGAGAGAGCGAGUCAAUGCACAACAACUCCUGUAAAUGAGUCUUCCCUCUGUGCAAGUGUCAACAGCUCUGCUUUGGAUCAGUUCUUGAAAGUAGCGGCUCCAAAUGCAACAGGCCCACUGAAUCUUUGCAACUUCACUGUGUUGCAGUUUGCCUGUCUACCAACGUUGUCACAGUUGAACUCUCAACAAGUGGCCGACGUGUUGGCUUGCAAACAGCCCAGCAAGGUGGGAAAAGAGACCUGGAAGCUUUUCUUCACCAAAACCAGCACAAACCUUGAUGAUGCACUGCUAAAAUUUUCCAACAUGACUCCGAGUCCCAGCAAUGUGUCUUUGUCUGAUGUUCUGGAUGUGCUUGUUGAAGUCCGGGUCGAUCGCUUUAGUCCUCAGAGACUGAGAGAUCCUGUCUUCGUUCGCUCAUGGUUUCAGGGGCGACUAAAGCCCUUCUUACCAUCAGUAUCUCAAAGAGUCCUGUCCUGUCUCAGCAACAAAAACCUCACCUGUGAAAGUUACCGCACAAUUUUUGUGGAGCUAAAUAAUAAUUCUGGACUGAUGAACAAUGCAACACAGAGAUGGGUCCUCAGCGACUUCAUUGUUCCUUUCCUGUCACAACGUCAAAACACAAGUGUCGAUUGCACGUUGCCAUUUAACAACAGUUUGGACUUCAUCCUGCAAAACUUUGGCAGUUUCUUUCAGUUUGCACAGCUUCAAGUUAUUUCAAAAUUGAGCCGCAAUUUUUCAGCUGUGGAAGUGCUUCCUGUUCUCACACCGGUGCAACUGGAUGAACUGGUGUUUAGUCCUCCUCCUGCUUCACCAGCAGACCGAACGAACAUCCUCACAAGAGUCUUUGCCUUCCUUCUUCAAGCCCCUAAUAGAGACAAACUAAACAACUUCAUCCCCUCUCUUCAGGCUCAGGCCAGAAAGGUGCAUAAUGCCACAAUUUAG